UUGGCGGAACGUGGGGAUUCAUUGCAAAAGAAAGUAAUUCGGUCCCGUUGAUAAAUGCGGUAUUGCAAUAAAAUCAUAACAGAAACUGCCAGAGAAUUCCAUCGAAACUUCUGGCUUUCGGACCAUCAACGGGGUUAGGUAACGAUGGACGCCGAUCCCACCGUGGAACAGUCGCCUUCGCCUGCAGAACUACUCGCUGCCCGCCGCCGUGAAGCGCGGCGGAAGAAAAUUUUGGAAAACUCCAACAAUCGCUUGUCCAAAAUCGUCGGACAAAACUCGUCACUAACAACGCCAUCACCAGACGCAGCAAACGAGGAUGAGCCCACUUUUUUACAGCCAGAAAGCAUCAUUUACCCCGACCCGGAAGACGAACGUGUGGUGUACGAAGGCAUUGAGCAUGACCCCUUCCAAGCUGCUACCGAGCAGCCGGAUUUUUCCACCAUGAAUGGCUUAAUGAAUGGCCAAAAUGGUGAUAUUUUUCAGCUGCUUAACCGCCUCAACCAAAUGCAAGCGAACGAAGGGCAGAGCAUGGGUAACGCCGCGGCGGCUCCCGUGCAGCACGUUCGUUUGCGACGAAUUCUCCACACCAAAGUACACCUCAUGGUAGCGGCAAUGAUCGUCUACUUACUCUUUGCCACGGGUAGCGAACGGUUUAUUGGAGGUAGCGUAUUUUUGCCCCUGCUCGCCUGGGAAGUGAUUGAGCUUCUGACGCUCGGCAGCUCGGAUAGCAAUGUCGGUGGUCCCCUACUUAGUUUAGUGCUAAUGUUCGGGGGCAUUCCUAUGCGUACGUCACAGAUGCUACAAACGGUAGCCGGUACGAUCAAUAAGGUGCUGAAAGACGUAACGUUUUUUGUGUUUUUCUUCGUCCUUACGCAUCUGCUGUGGAGCCGGUUCGGACUGGGGCUUGAGCUGAGGUAUGUGCUGGGAUACGACCAGCUGGAACCAACCAUGGACGACACGCUGAUGCCCGGCGGUGUGCUUUCGUAGUG